CUCUCCGGCAGCGCCACCAUCCCCUCGCUGAAGCAUCGCCUGCAGAGGAACGUGGCCGCCAUGGCCUGGAAGCCGCUCUGCGCCUCCAUCCUCGCCGUCGCCUGCCAGAGCUGCGUCCUGGUGUGGCACCUGGAUCCCACCUCCCUCUCCACGAGACCGUCAUCCGGCUGUGCUCAGGUGUUGUCCUACCCGGGUCACAGCCCCGUCACCAGCCUGGCGUGGGCUCCCAGCGGGGAGCUGCUGCUUUCGGCGUCACCGGUUGACACGGCCAUGCUGGUGUGGGACGUGUCCACCGAAAACUGCGUCCAGCUGCAGUGGUUUGGGGGCGGUGGUGUCACGUACUUGGCUUGGUCACCCGACGGCAGCAAGGUCCUGGCGGCCACCCCCUCUGCGGUGUUCAGAGUGUGGGAGGCUCAGAUGUGGACGUGCGAGCGGUGGCCCACCAUCAAAGGACGCUGCCAGACGGGGUGCUGGAGCCCUGACGGCAGCCGAUUGCUCUUCACAGUGCUGGGAGAGUCCGUCAUUUACUCCUUGUCCUUCUCCGAGUACAGAGGGGAGAUGCAAGGGCAAGUAGGAGGCUCGAAAACGGCUUCUAUCGUGGCAGAUCUGUCCGAGACCACCUUCGAGACGCUCUACGGGGAGGAGAGGAUCGGAGGAGAAGUUCACUCCAUGGUGUGGGAUCCCACCGGAGAGAGACUCGCGGUGAUCAUCAGAGGUAAGCGCCGCCUUCGGCUUUGCUGGAAAUCCCCUUUCCAGCGGGCAGGAGGGGCACGAACCCCACCGGG